UAUCGAAAAGGUACUAUAAUAACCAGUUUUGUUUAGUUGUAGUCAUUUUAUUUGUGAAGCAUUUGGUGUUUAAGCAUGUAUUUUAAGUUGUUUUUUGUUUUGUGUUUUUUUAAUGAGGCUUGUGAUGCUUUGAGAGAUGUAGGAUCCAGUAAAGUAGAUUUCAGGAAAAUUAUUUACUACGAUAAACUAGUAACAGAAUAUUCCCAGAUUGCUGACUCUUUUCAGUAUCCUAGCGAUGCCAGGGAGUACUUGCCAGAAAAUGACACAAUUCACGAUUUUGGUACCUAUGACUUCAUAAUAAUCGGAUCUGGAUCGACUGGAUCGGUGCUGGCAGGUCGCCUAUCCGAAGUGCGAAGAUUCAAAGUUCUUUUAUUGGAAGCCGGUGGAUUUGCCAACGAUUUCGUGAGGAUGCCUGGAAAUGCCGGAGCGGUUGUCCUUUUAAAUGAAUUUAAUUGGGGUUAUCGGUCGGUACCGCAGAAAUAUGCUUGUCAAGGCAUGUUGGAUAAAGUCUGUGCAUACCCCAGAGGCAAAGGCAUAGGAGGAACCUCACUAAUAAACGGCUUGGUUUACUCCAGAGGAACCGCAUCCAGUUACGACAAUUGGGCAGCCAACGGCAACCCUGGAUGGUCUUAUAAGGACGUACUGCCUUACUUUCUUAAAAUGGAAAACUUCUUUAAAAAUAUCCAGGAUGUACAAGUGGAUUAUGAAUACCAUGGAAAGGGUGGACCUGUUCAUUUCGAAUACUAUCCUACUAACAGAUAUACAACAAAGCUCUUUGUGAAUGCCCUCCAAGAAUUCGGGUAUCCCUCCAUAGAUUACAACGGAAGAAACACCUUUGGAGCAUCAAUUUCGCAAGCCGCAGUACAUAAAGGUCAGCGCUGGGAUGCUGGACGUGCUUACGUAGAACCAGCUUUACACAGAUCCAACUUGAUCGUCUCCAUCCACAGUUAUGUCACAAAAAUCCUUAUUAAUCCAUCUACUAAAACUGCUGAAGCAGUCCAGUUUACCAAACAUGGAAAACUCUAUGAAGCAAGGGCUUCCAAAGAAGUGAUAUUGUCAGCUGGUGCUGUUGCUUCUCCCCAUAUUUUGCAACUAAGUGGAGUGGGUCCAAGGGAACAUUUGGAGAAAGUGGGUAUUCCAGUGAUCCAGGAUUUGGAUGUAGGAAUAUUGAAUGAUCAGCCGGGGAUGUUUGGGAUGUACUUUUUGACUAAUUACUCAGAUCCCAGUGUGGUGAAGAGCCAGGUAGAGAAGAUUUCUGAGUAUCUUAGAGGGUUUGGAGCAUAUACUUCGACUGGGAGUGAAGGGGUGUUUUUUUCUGCCUUAGAAGAAGGUAGUGUGCAGCCAGAUUUAGAAAUCGAAAUGACGUACCUUUCCGGGGAUUAUUAUAAAACUACUUUCAAUUAUGACAAUGAGACUUGGAAUGCCAUUUGGAAUAACAGUGACGACGAGGCAAGCAGAUCGUUUACCCUUCAGACUAUUUUACUGUUUCCUGAUUCUAAGGGUAGUAUUAAGGUGAAGAGCAACGACCCUUUUAAUUAUCCCUUGAUUGACGUAAAUACACUCGCCGAGGAAAAGGACGUGGAAAAAUUAUAUCAAGGGAUACAGUUGACGUUAAAAUUAAUCGAAGCGAAGGCAUUUAAAGAGGUCGGGGCUAGAUUUAUAGAUCGACCCCUGUCUGCUUGUUCUCACCAUCAAUAUAAGUCGAAAGCGUAUUGGUAUUGCUAUAUUAGGCAUCUUACUAUUCCUGAUAAUCAUCAACAAGGAACAAACCGGAUGGGUCCAGAUCCUUCAAAGGGUGCCGUAGUCGAUUCCAACUGCCGGGUAUAUGGAAUUAAAAAAUUAAGGGUUGCAGACGCUAGCAUUUUUCCCUCAUACGUGGUAAACCACCCGAAUGGCCCAUGUAUGAUGUUAGGAGAAAAAUUAAGCGAUAUGAUCAAACGCGAAUAUAGGAAAAAAAAGUAUAAAAACGACAUUAGAGAACACCUAAGCAUAGUCGCAAGAAUGUCCCUAUUAUAUCUUAUUUUAUCUGUCUUGGCUUUAAGGGACGUAGCCUCCCAAAGCGUUGACGUAGACCAAAUUACUUAUUAUGAUAAUUUGGUCACAAAAUAUACCGACAUUGCUGACUCUUUUCAGUAUCCCACCGAUGCCAGGGAGUAUUUGCCCGAAAAUGACACAGUUUAUGAUUUUGGUACCUAUGACUUCAUAAUAAUCGGAUCUGGAUCGACUGGAUCGGUGCUGGCAGGCCGUCUAUCGGAAGUGCGGAGAUUCAAAGUUCUUUUAUUGGAAGCCGGCGGAUUUGCCAACGAUUUCGUGAGGAUGCCUGGAAAUGCCGGAGCGGUUACCCUUUUGACUGAAUUUAAUUGGGGUUACCGGUCGGUACCGCAGAAAUACGCUUGUCAAGGAAUGUUUGACAAAGUUUGUGCAUACCAUAGAGGUAAAGGCAUAGGAGGAUCCUCACUAAUCAACGGAUUGGUUUACUCCAGAGGGACCGCCGCCAGUUACGACAAUUGGGCAGCCAACGGUAGCCCUGGAUGGUCUUAUAGGGACGUACUGCCUUACUUCCGAAAAAUGGAAAACUUCUUCAGAAACAUCCGGGACGUUCAGGUGGACUAUGAAUACCAUGGAAGACGUGGACCUGUUAAUGUAGAAUACUAUCCCACUCACAGAUAUACUACAGAGCUCUUUGUGCAAGGCGCCCAAGAACUCGGGCAUCCCUCCAUAGAUUACAAUGGAAGAAGUCCCUUUGGAGCAUCGAUUGUACAAGCGGCAGUACAUAAGGGUCAACGUUGGGACGCUGGACGUGCUUACGUGGAACCGGCUUUACGUAGACGCAACUUGUUCGUCUCCACUCAUAGUUACGUGACAAAAAUCCUUAUUAACUCAAUUACUAAAACGGCUGAAGGGGUUCAGUUCACCAAAAAUGGAAAAAUCUAUGAAGCAAAAGCUUCCAAGGAAGUGAUAUUGUCAGCUGGUGCCAUUGCUUCCCCACAGAUUUUGCAACUAAGUGGAGUGGGUCCAAAGGAUCAUUUGGAGAAGGUCGGAAUUCCAGUGAUCCAGGAUUUGCAAGUGGGAACUUUAAAUGAACAGCCAGGAAUGUUUGGGAUGUACUUUAUGACCAAUUACUCGGAUCCCAGUGUGGCGAAGAGCCAGAGAGAGAAAGUUGCUGAGUAUGUUAGAGGUUUUGGAGCGUAUACUUCUACUGGGAGUGAAGGGGUGUUCUUUUCUGGCUUAGAAGAAAGAGUUCAGCAGCCAGAUUUGGAACUAGAAAUGACAUAUUUAACAGGAGAUUAUUAUAAAACCACUUUUAAUUAUGAUAACGAGACUUGGAAUGCCAUUUGGAAUAACACUGACGACGAUGGAAGCAGAUCGUUUACACUUCAGACCAUUUUACUGUUUCCUGAAUCCCUGGGUACUAUUAGGGUGAAGAGCAACGACCCUUUUGAAUAUCCUUUGAUAGACGUAAAUACACUUGCCGUAGAAAAGGACGUGGAAAAUUUGUAUCAAGGAAUACAGUUGGCGUUAAAAUUGGUCGAAACAAAACCGUUUAAAGAUGUUGAUACUAAAUUCAUAGAUCGACCCUUGCCUGCGUGUUCUCAAUAUGAAUACAAGUCAAAGGAUUAUUGGUAUUGCUAUAUUAGGCAUCUUACUAUUCCUGAUAACCAUCAACAAGGAACAAACCGUAUGGGUCCAGACCCUUCGAAAGGUGACGUAGUCGAUUCCAGAUGCCGGGUGUAUGGUAUUAAAAAAUUAAGGGUCGCAGACGCUAGCAUCUUUCCCUCAUUCGUGGCAAACCACCCUAAUGCCCCAUGUAUGAUGCUGGGAGAAAAAUUAAGCGAUAUGAUUAAGCGUGAAUAUUAAUUUAAAUAAAUUUAGUUUAGUGUUAA